GCAUUUUUCUUGUUUCAAGUGACCUGGGUACGGUAGUGAAGAGAAAAUGAUGCGGAAGAGACGGAUGGAUCACAUGCCAUCAUAGUGUGGGCUGUGUGGAUGCUCUUAGCUCCUAUCUCCUCCCCUGCUCUGUCUGCGUGGGGCAAGGAUUGAUUGGAUGUUUUGAAGAAUGGGGUAUGGAAAGUCCGUGAUAGUACUUCUUGUCUAGUUUUAUGAGUUAAAUCAAAUUUUACUUUCGUUUAAUAUUGAUUUCUUAUUUUUUACAUGCUUUUGAGCAAUUAUGGAGACAAAGCUCUUACGGCAAAGCCAAGGCGGCGAGGGGAAUCCUCGUUCAUCAGGAAACUGGGUACACUUUGUCAAGAUUAUAUUUCCUUCAGAAGACUCCACCCUGAGAAUUCCAGAAGAGUUUGUGAGCAAAUAUGGAAAGAAAAUGCCAAAGGUAGGAUCUUUUGAGGUUCCAACAGGGGAAGUUUGGGAAAUCGAGCUGGUUCAUUCCCAUGGUCAAGUGUGUCUAGCCAAGGGAUGGAAAGAGUUCACUCGGAAAUACUCAAUAAGAGAGGGUCACUUUCUGGUAUUCAGAUAUGACGGAGAAUCCCAUUUCCAUGUCAUCAUAUUCGACAAGAGUGCUACUGAAAUAGAAUACCCGCAAUUCAAAACUGAUGAUGAUGAUGAUGAUGAUGACGAUGCCAGAUUCAAAGCCGCCUGCAAUUCUGAGUCUGACUCUGAUGAUGAUGAGAUCUUCCAGGAAGAAAUGGAAACGGAAUGCAGCCCAAACAAGAGAAAGAAGAAAGAAGGGUUUGGAUCCGAAGUUGGUGACGUCAACGGAUUGAAUUACAGAGUGAAGCUGGAAGAGUCAGUCCACCAUGUACAUGAGAGCUCACCUUCUCUGAAUCCUAAAAACAAGAGUGUUAGGAAGAAAAACAAUGCCAUUGAAAGAGCAAAAUCUUUCCGAUCAAAGAAUCCAUUUUACAUUUCCGUCAUGCACCGGUCUCAUAUUUCCUCCCCAUAUUCAUUGAGCAUUUCCUUGCCAUUUGCUAAGAACGUCUUUACUUCAGUGCAUAAUGAUUUAUUGCUAAUUUCGAGUGGGAGAUCAUGGUCUGCCAAAUGCAUCAUAGGUAGAUCAGCUUGUGUCAAGAUCACUGGAUGGAAGGACUUCGUGUUAGACAACAAGCUGAAAAUUGGUGAUGUUUGCAUCUUAGAGGGUUUGAAAGGCGGAAGCCCAACGAGCUUCAAUGUCAUAAUAUUUCGAGCAGAUUGAUGAUGCACAGUCGGCGCAGACAAUUCUCUCUUAUGAUUAGUUAUGCGAUGACUAUAAAUAAGAGUCAAAGUCAAUCAUUGGAAAAUUUUGGGAUAUUCUUACGGCGACCGGUUUUCACCCAUGAGCAGCUUUACGUUGUUGUAUCUAGAGUCACGAGUCCAGCUGGUUUGAAGUUUUUGAUAUGUGACAAUUAUGGUAGACCGAUAAACUCCACAUUAAAUGUUGCAUACAAAGAGGUCGUUACCAAUUUGUAAUAUUACAUUUUGUCUUGAAUAUUAUUGAGAACAUUUUAAUUCACAUCAAAAGACAAUAUUAUGCGCUCAUUUAGAAAAAUAAAUGAAUUAUAAUAUUGAAU